UUUUUUUUUUCAUAUAAUAUACUUAUAUAGUUUCAAGCAAAGAUCGUGUCUAUUUAUGAGGUGUUUAUAUAAGUAGGGGCAGGCAUCAACAUGUCGUGAUUUGCACCAAUGCCAACGCGCCUGAGUUGCUGGAGAUACUCUUGAGGAAAUCAGCGGCAGAAUUUGCAGAAGAAGGGUCUUGGAGCAAGGACAGUUGGCUUAAAAGGCUUUUAGGUAUACGAACAUUCAGCAAAGAUCCUGGGUGCUCACCUGUUUCAGAGACAAAAUAUGCACUCAAGAUAUAAGUGCGGAAAUCAACCAUAGAAAGAGGCACGGGCCGGGGGAGUGUGCUGUCCUAGAAGAUGACCUUGAAGAAAAGCCUUUGAAUUUCAUGAGGUGGUUGGGCAGAAGGACACCCCACGCACUUAAAUGUCUUGUGAUCCCCAAUCCCGGAGAGAGUGUUGAUGAAAUCAGCCACCGCAGUUGCAGCAGAAGGAGGAUCUUGGAGCAAUGCAAGUUGGUGUAAAGGUAUGUAUAUAAAAGGGUACUAGGGACAUGCGAUGAGAUGAGACAUAUGUUGGCUGCUCUCACUUGUUUCUUGAGACACACCAAUGCACUGGAGAUUUCUGUUGAGGACAUCAGCCACAGGAAGAGCCAAGGGCAGAAUUGUGCAGUCCAGAACUUUGUUCAUAUAAUAUACUUAUAUAUACUUAUACUUAUAUAUUUUCAAUCAAAGAUCAUUUCUAUGUUUAUAUAUAUAAGUAGGGGCAGGCAUCAACAUGUCGUGAUUUGCACCAAUGCCAACGUGCCUGAGUUGCUGGAGAUACUCUUGACGAAAUCAGCGGCAGAAUUUGCAGAAGAAGGGUCUUGGAGCAAGGAGCUUGGGUUUGUGUUCGGUCACUUGCACUACAAUUUUCUGAAUGCACUUACUGAAAAGAUCAACGAGCUUUCAUCAGAGUUCAAUGCAGAGAGAAUCAUUGCAAUGGGGUACAGCAUGGGUGGCUUUGGCGCUAUUCAGCUGGGCUGUUUCGCCCCCGAGCUCUUUGAUGCAGUCGUGUCGGUGGCGGGCUAUGGGAUGGGCACUUCCGAGCCAAACAGUGGCUAUGGAGCACCGCAGCCCGUCAGUGGAGAAAUAUUUGAUCUUUUCCUGGAGAGAGAGGCGUGCAAGUUGGCGCGGGUGCCUGUUGUUUUGGCGGUGCAUGCUCCAAGCGACAUGUGCUCCUCCUUCAGAGAUGUUAGCGCAAUUAUCCAGAAGACACAAGAGACGGCCUGGGACACAUGGGAGCGAUCAACAGCAAAGCUGGUUCGAGUCCCUGAUGGCAUGGCCAAUUCAGACCACCCUGGCAAGAAGAGGAAGAGCAAUCAUGGCUACUUCAACUGCACCUUGCUGCACAAUGGAAGCGAGAAGAUGCUUUGGCGGGAGUUGCGCCGACUUGUGGACCGUGCUCCCCAGCGAGGAGGUGACAGCAUGGAUUGGGAACCUGAGAGAGGAUGGGGACGCUCGAGACGCUGGUCCCGCAUGUACGAAGAUCCCCCUAACUCGCGCAGCUGGGGUUGGUGCCCAACUUGACCAAAGUGAUUCAGUGUCGCACUGGCUCUUUCAGUCCAGUUUCUGUAUAGAACGAUGGACCUGGCGGUGUCUCGUCGGUGUUUGACACAGCUUAACCGAUCAUUUGUGGCAUCACAGUCAAAGUACGAUCCCUCGUACAGAAGGGUCUCAAGGAACAAGGAAAAGGUG